AUGAUGAUGCGAGUCUCCCUGCUAGUUUUGGCUCUUGCAUCAGUCUGCAACGGCAUCCUCCCUGAGAUAGUAAACUCGGGGAUCAGUCACAUCCUGGAGGAUGAUUCCGCCUUGGGACAGAACGAGCUGGACCGCAUGUUUGUGGAAGUGGAGCAGCUGCCAAGGGAUCCGCAGCAAAAGCCUGAGGAUGCGUUUCACCAAAUGAACGAGAGUGCCAGCCCUCACCCCAAUGACCUUCCUUCAAGUCACCACAAUGAAAGUGCUUCUGAUAAAGUAACUGACAGUGAAUCACUCCACACCUCAGUAGACCAGGAGACAAACAACAUCACAACAUCCGAGCAGAUGAGUGACCUGGGUAACAAUAUUGAUCAUGGAUGCAUCACUGAUGAGGACUGUGGGAAGGGAAGGUACUGCCUUUCGGACAUAAAAAACUCCAAGUGUCUGCCGUGCAAAGUAAUCGAUGUGCCCUGUACUAAGGAUGUGGAGUGCUGUGGUGAGCAGCUGUGUGUAUGGGGUCAGUGCACUCCAAAUGCAACAAAGGGAGAGGCCGGCAGCACCUGUCAGUACCAGACUGACUGCAGCCCAGACCUCUGCUGUGCUUUCCAUAAAGCUCUGCUCUUUCCCAUCUGCUCUGCAAAGCCCAUUGAGCGUGAGCGCUGCUUUGGUGCUUCCAACCACCUGAUGGCGCUGUUGUCCUGGGAUGUCCAGGAUGAAGGACCAAAGAAACACUGCCCCUGUGCAGGAGAUCUCCACUGCCAGCAUCUGGGACGAGGGUCCAUGUGCCUUAAAGGAGAAGACUCGAGUGAAGAGGACCUGACUGACACUCUGUACUCAGAGAUUGACUACAUCAUCUGACAUAUUGCUCUAUUAACAAAGAGACAUGGCUCUCCUCUGACUUUGCUGCAGAGUUGAAGCAGUUUCUGUCUGCUAGCGCUAUUUAAAGGGGUAAAAACCUACAGCAUGAUGAACAAUGAAAAUAUACUGGAUUUAUUUUACUAGACCUAGAUUUAUAAUGCUGAAAGGUCUCUGGUAAGGACAUGCAUCCAUGUAUUUCCCAUAUCCUGGUUUUCUCUUGACCUGAUAAGAUCAGAUUGGAAAACUUGUUUUCCAAUUAUAACAGGUUAUGAAACAAAGCUUUUUUUGUUGUAACAAGAGAAUGAAUUUCUGGUGAUCUAAAAAACAAAAUAGGCUGGUCAGAGUGGUCUAGGCCACACCAAACUACACUACAACUGCAUACACUGACGUAAAUUGAAUCUGUGUGUAUUUUGUGUUUUUGCAACACUUGGGAUAUAAAAUUAAACUAGUACAGAUCAUGAGGAAGAAUAUGAUAUUAGUUAUGGAGAAAUGUAAUAGAUUACAUUUUUGAUGCAUGUCCACUUUGGGCUUUCAUACAUUGGAAAUUUAGGCAUAAAACACACAGGGAUCACUAAAAAAUAAAAAGUCCUGCAUUGAUACUUAAUGCUGGUUCCAUAACUUCCAUUAUUAUAUUUCUGCAUAUCAAUACUUUAAUCCUUAGUCAGUGCUAAUUAUAACCAUGUCAUUAUUUUUAAGCAAGGUGUGAAAACAACCUGAGGAGGAAGCCUUUAUUGACAACUGAACCUAUGUCAGAUCGUGAAUAACUGACAUUAAACAAAUGCUGAAAAUGUUAUUGUAUAAUCAGAGAUGUGUCUUGACUAAUUUUUAUUGAUGACAAACCGCUGCAUUAGAACAUUUUGAUUAAAAAUUGUCUGCUGUCCACAACUAAAUCUCCGUCUGAUUACUCAGACUUCUGUGAUCUCUGACAAAACAUAUUUUCUUUUUCUACAUAUUUGUGGCUGUUAACACCAACAUGUCAUGCUGCUUCAGCUUUUUUAUGCUCUAGCAAAGCGGUUCCCAAUUUUUUCAGCCUGUGACCCCAAAUGUAUCAGGCCCAGAGAGCAGGGACCUCCUCCUUCCCUGUAAGUGAUUAAAGUGUACAAUGUUGAACAAACAUAAACAAAAUUUACAUUCAAUGGUGUUUUUGUACACAUUACUUACAUUCAAACCAGGGCUGUCAAAAGACAAAACAUUUUAAUCGCAAUAAAUCACAGAAUUUCUGCAGUUAAUUGAGAUUAAUCGCACC